UGCAGAAUUGGACUUAUAAAAAUUAUAAUCCAAAAUGUCGAUAAUGUCGAUAAUUAUCUGGAUAUUAAUUGUAACAUGCUAUUUUUCUCCGAGUGACGGAAAAUUUCAAAAUCCGUCCUUAAUAAAAAGAAUCACUUUGAAAGUUAAAGGAACGGAUGAAUGCGUUCGUACUUCCCAAUAUAUCAAACCAACUUCUGGAUAUGCCUGCAAAAACUUGGGAGAAUGUUACAAGUAUCGUUGUGGUGCGAUCGCGCGACACUGCAGCGUAUGUGGAGAGCAAAAAGGCCCCUGCAUCGAUUACAGUGAGCCUGUUAAAGUGAAACGAUCGAAAAGAUCGCUAGACGAAAGUAUGAUGUCACACGAUAACUACGCUGACGUCAUAGAUGGCUAUAUGUCAUCACUGACCUCAAAAAUCCACCGACUUGUGUCGAAAGUAAGAGCUGUCGUAGAAACAGUUCCGACGCUAGAAGCAGCUCGGAUUGAAACCAUGGGCAACAUGAUUGUACAUCUCCGAACGGGAGCCAAAAACUGUGCUGGCUUUGUAACAUCUGUCGAUACUGGGGAUGGCCGAAAGUACUUGAUAAUGACAGCAGCCCAAUGUCUGAUAAAUUUUGAAGUUGAAUGCUUCAGUGGAUUUGAACAAUAUGGAGAUAAAUAUAAAGCGGAUAUGACUUCCGGGAAAAUGGAAAAUGGUUACAUGACAUAUCCGUUCAACCACAGCUCGCCGUGUUUUGGCGACUAUGAUGCUGACGUCACAAAAGUUAAAAAGGGAUUUCAUUCCUACGUGGUCGUUGUAACAUCAUAUAUGGGACGCAACUUCACGAUUCCACUCACUAGUAAGCACGUCAUAGUCCCACGUGAUUAUAUGGAAUGCCAGGAUUGCCGAAACGAUUUUGCAGCUUUAAGAAUCGAGAACCAGCACGCGGAAGAAAUUUUACGGGGUCAUGAACCCUUCAUUUUAUCUCCGGAAAAAGAUCCUAUGGAUUGGACAGGAGAGGAAGUGACUCAGUUUGUAUCUGUCAAGGACAACUUUUCCCCGAAACUACUGAGAAAAGCUGCAGAUUCGCAAUUUUGUACGAUAAACUACGCUACUAAUCAGAAAAUGUGCUUCAAUGUCCCAAUAUUACCAAAUUCUAGAGAAGAGCAGAAUUUUCUGUCUGGAAGUCCAUUAUUCAUUACCCAGCAAGAUAAAGCGGGGAGAAUGGAAUACCACUGCAUUGGAAUAUUCACCGGAAUGUACAACAUCGUAGAAGAAAACCUAUCAACAGUAAAACUGGCAGACGAUGGUUUAAAACUUCCAACAGUCGAAGAAAACGUUUUUUUAACGAUGAAAUAUUCUAAGAAUGGAGCAGUACGAAUAACCCCACAAAUGGUAUCGUUCUUGCAAAAAUUAUGCGACAAUUCCAUAGUGAAUGUUACUGUACCUAACGAAGUGCGAUCUGCCCCACAAAUUUAUCCACCAAGACAAGAAUACUUUCCAAGUAUUGGUGCUCCAUUGAAUGCAGAUGACCACUUGUUCUUAUGCUCUCUCGGAUGGAUCGGAGAAGGAUCAUUCUGCGUCAAAGGCGAUUUUAAGCUGUCACACGGAUGCACUUGGGAUGGAUUAAAAUACAAAUGUUCACCGCGCAUGCGCAGCAGUGCCUUUAGAACCAAUCAACAAACAUCGUCAAUAUUCCAGGAAAUUGUUAUUCCAGGAGACGUCAGACAGCUAGAACUUCGAGGACAUAAGAUUUCGAAUAUGAUUGAACUGAACUCCGUAUUGAGUCGAUUGACAAUAAUUCAAGAUUUAAUCUUGGACUAUAAUGAUAUACAGGUUCUAAAGCCUCCAUUGUUUGAGAAUAAUACCCAACUGCGUAUGCUAUCGCUCAAGCACAACAAGAUUUCAAAGAUCCAUGGCGACCUCUUCCGGCACAACAAAAAUCUACGGCAUUUAAACCUCGCGUACAACAGAAUAAAAAUGCUUCCCCCCGUGCUUCUGCAUCGUGCCAAGAUUCUGCAAUAUAUCAGCUUGGAGAACAAUAAAAUCAAUUUCAUUUCCCCCAGAUUUUUCCUUCGGAGCACUCAACUUGAAAAAAUUUACAUAGGAAAUAACAAUAUUUCGUUUAUAGUGCAAAAACUGUUCAAACACCAAAGAACUCUAAAGGAAUUGUGGGCAGAGCAUAAUAUAAUACAAAAAAUAACAAAGUUCAUCUUCAAGGAGAGUCCAAAAUUAUCAUUGGUUGACUUUUCCAGUAAUAGACUAAAGGCAAUUCCAAGGGAUGCAUUUGAUAACAACUUGGAUUUGAAAUUCGUCAAUUUUAACUUCAACAGUAUAAAACUAGUACCAAGGCGUCUGUUUUCGAAACAGAAGAAACUUGUAUCUGUUUUUAUGUCAAAAAAUCCAAUUCUCGAACCAAAUGAAACGAGAGCAUACUUCGAGGCGAUUGGCGUGCCAUAUAGCUGAGGAGAUUGAAAAUGGCCUGGUCUCAUGCUGCUUGUAUUUGAUUCAACAAAGAACCGAAAUUGCCGGUCGAAAAAGGCGUAGGUAUAAUUGGAAAGAAAACGACGAAAACAGGUAUACACGGAAUAAUCAAUGAGCAAAAUAUCUCUUAGUCUUCAAUAUAUUUUUACCAGUUGAAUAAUCAGUGAGUUGAAAAAUAAUAAGUCCGUGUUAUCACGUUUGUUAUCUGUUUUGGCAAUUGCCUUUGUUCUCUUACGACCAUCGAUGUCGCAGGAAAUGUAUUGUAUCUUCCUAGAAAGUGACGUUCUCUAACAAUAUUGUUUUCGUUUCUAAAAGUGUCAUGGUUCGCUUAAAUCAAUAAAUUUCACGUCAUAUUGAAAAUCGCUUAUAAUGUUUAUGAAUUUAUUCUUCUUAAAUAUUAUAACUUACAAUUAAACGCGUACCAAAACUGUUGUACUGCUCAGCAUUCAAUAUUACAAAUUUACAGAAAUGAUCAAAUUCUGAUCAAAGUCUUCAUAAAAAUUAGCUCGAAGUUUUGAUGUGACCAGACGGUGGCAUUAUAAUUUCAUAUUAUUUGUGUAUUUAUUUUUGUAUUUUCUGUUCAAAUGUCCCCAUUACUGCUUCAAAUUAUGUAUAUUUCCGCAUAUCACUUUGUUCUCAUGUUCCUUAGAUCUUUUAGUAUCAAUAAAAUAUUGAAAACUAG